AUUUACACAAUAUACAGACAUUAAUUACAAGCCUCUUAUCACACAAUAGUGCGAAUGAAGACCAAGAUUCAUUGCCAAAGUAAGGCCGAGUGGUGGUUAGCAAUAAAUGCUAGCUUGUUUUCCUAAGGCCUCUCGACUAACUUACCCGGUUUAAAAAAAAGAUAUCAGCGACGUCCCGCUUGGUUAAAACAAGAAAUCGAAUAUACUAUUAUUUACACGACAUAUACACUGGUUGUCCGUUUUUAGGGUGGAAAUCCGAAGCGUCGUAGUCUCAAAUGUGAUAGUUUGGAAGCUACUUUGCUUGUUGUGACCAAUCACACGUCACAACCCUCUUUGGGUCCCCCGGCAUAUUUGCACGUUGGAAACAAAAGACUAUUGCAAUUAAAGUUCCCCCUGGAUCAUGAACAGCAAUAUAACUACGGUUCGGGGAUUGCUGCCACCACAGUCACCAAACACCUCAAACCCGCAGCUUUGGUAGGGCACCUGAACAAUGGAGGCGCAGAUGGUCAAGGUCCUCAACUUCAGCUGCUGCCCAGCUCACACUGCACUCCCAAGCCCCUUUGCCCCUUCCAUGAGCGGUGAGUCCAUGGGAAGGAGGACCUACAUGGGCUCCUUGAUCUGUGCCUGGCCAAAUCACGUGGAUGUAUACCAAUCGCCAGGCCCUUGUCAUUGAGCCCCACCAGACGUUGUCUGGACCCUCACCUAGGUCUUGUUGGCUCUGGGUGACACUAUCAUGCGGCAGAAAGCACCUCAACAAUUUAGCUUCUAGGCUCAUCGGGGACACAAAAACACCUUGAGCACAAGAAGGUGCCAGCUGAAGGAGAAGGUGACCUCCUAAUUCUUUUACAAAAUGGUAAAUUGUCAAGAAUUUACAGGGAUUGUCCUUUUAUGACAAAUUUAAUUAAUAAUGAUGGAAUGAUUAUUCACCUCCUCCAAAAAAAAAUCUGAAUCAUUCCUCUUUGUAUGAUGGGUCCGCCAAGUUAUUACUUGUAAAAUUGGGUGUCUGUCAACUUUUUUUUUCCUCCAAAAGCACAGCAAUUGAUGUUUUCUCCGGUAGCUUUGCUCCAUUUAACAAUUUCCUGUUGGCCACUUACCUCACCGGUGAGUGUUUUCGACGGCACACGUGUGCCUAUAAUUCGUUUCCAAGGCAACACUUGGAUGAUGGUUUUGGGUGCAAAUGUUUGACAGGCCACCUGGGAAGGCGGCAAUCAUCCUUCUUUUCCUAGAACUCAAGCUUGGCUUGCGUCGACAGCGUGGAAAAAAAUUGAAACGGCAGCUUGUUUGGUUUAUUUCUUUUUUUAUGUGUGCCAAAAUGCACCUCUGGAUUUAAUGGAUGGGAUACAAAUUCAUUUUCAAAGUAGGAGAAUUUUUCGGGAUUCAUCCUGUGUGGAAAAACUCAAAUUGGAAUAAGAGGGAUGGAGCUGAAGAGACUGCCAAUUUUGUCAUAUGAUAUUUCUCAGAAUGGAGGUGAUGAUCUUCCCACGUUGAUUUAACACGAGGCAUCAGUGGGGAUAAAUCCCUUACUCGUUCAUCCUGCUUUAAAGAUCUCAUGUGGGGUUUUUUUGUUGUUGUUGUUUUUUUAGGAAUACGCUAGUCAUGUAAUUGUGCUUUGACUUCCUGCUGUUCAUAAUGUAGUAAGUCCAUUCCACCCCCUAUACCCCCACCUCAAGCGCAACUUAAUCUCAAGACAGGACAGUUCAAAUUUAAUAACAAGCAUACGAAAAUCUUUGGAGGGCAGCUGCGAACCAAUGAUCGGCAGGACGUCCUCGUCGUCAUACAAUGGAUAAGGUUGAUCAAAUCCUGUCCGAGCUCAGGCUGCAGAAGGAUGAGCUGCAAGAGAUCAUGAAAAGGAUGCGGCGUGAGAUGGACAGAGGCUUGCGUUUAGAGACGCACGAGGUGGCCAGCGUCAAAAUGCUGCCCACUUAUGUUUGCUCCACCCCCGAGGGAUCAGUUUGCGUUUGGGCAGAGGUGGGUGACUUCCUGGCUCUGGACCUGGGGGGGACCAACUUCCGGGUGAUGCUAGUCAAGGUGGGAGCCGACGAAGAGAGGAGCUGGAAGGUCGAGACCAAGAACCAGAUGUAUUCCAUUCCUGCAGAUGCCAUGACGGGAACUGCAGAGAUGUUGUUUGACUACAUCGCAGAGUGCAUGUCUAACUUCUUAGACCAGCACAACAUCAAGCACAAGAAACUUCCUCUGGGUUUUACUUUCUCUUUCCCGGUGCGUCACGAGGACAUCGACAAGGGAAUCCUACUCAACUGGACCAAAGGUUUCAAGGCCUCAGGGGCAGAGGGGAACAAUGUUGUGGGGUUGCUCAGAGAUGCUAUCAAGAGACGAGGGGACAUUGAGAUGGACGUCGUUGCCAUGGUGAAUGACACAGUGGCCACCAUGAUUUCGUGCUACUACGAAGACCGCAGCUGUGAAGUGGGAAUGAUUGUUGGUACAGGUUGUAACGCUUGUUAUAUGGAGGAGAUGAGCACGGUGGAGCUGGUGGAAGGCGAGGAGGGUCGCAUGUGUGUCAACACAGAAUGGGGGGCAUUUGGAGAUAACGGCGAGCUGGAGGACUUCAGGCUGGAGUACGACAGAGUGGUGGACGAGACCUCCAUCAACCCUGGACAGCAGCUCUUUGAGAAGCUGAUCAGCGGCAAGUACAUGGGCGAGCUGGUGAGGCUCGUCAUGAUGAAGCUGGUCAACGAGAACCUGCUGUUCAACGGCGAGGCCUCGGAGAUGCUCAAAACGCGUGGCAGCUUUGAGACCAGACACAUCUCACAGGUGGAGAGUGACUCGGGUGACAGGAAGCACAUCUACAAUAUUUUGUCAUCAAUGGGUAUGCUGCCGUCCGAGCUGGACUGCGACAUCGUGGGUCUGGUUUGCGAGAGCGUCUCUACUCGCUCUGCCCACAUGUGUGCCGCCGGCCUCGCUGGCGUCAUCAACCUGAUGAGGGAACGACGUGGCCUGGAGGCACUCAACAUCACCGUGGGUGUGGAUGGCUCCGUUUACAAGAUGCACCCAUGCUUUCGUGACAGGUUCCACAAAAUAGUCAGAGAGCUGACGCCACAUUGUGAGAUUACCUUCAUCCAGUCGGAAGAAGGAAGCGGUCGAGGGGCGGCUCUCAUUUCAGCGGUGGCCUGCAAGAUGGCGGCCAGCAUGCUGGCGCGGUGAAAGGUGGACCUGGCAAGACCGUUGAAUUUGACUAUUGAUAUCUCACAAAAAAAAAAUGUAUGCUGCAUCCAUAAUUGUCUUUUGAGAGCAGAGGAAGACGGCAACAAGGAAAGUUCACUGGAUUUCCGUCAAAUGUCCGUUGAUAUAUCUCAAGGCACGACAGUAUACAGUGGUACCUGUACUUACGAAAUUAAUUGUUCCUCGAAGAAAUUUCUUAGCUAGAAAAAUUUGUAAGUAGAGAUGCAUUUUCCAUGUAAAAUGCCCUAAUUCGUUCUAACCCCCCCUCCCAAAUUCAGACAUAUUUAGAAAUAAAAAUGCAUCAAAAUAUGUAUGCAUGUUAUGCAUAUUGCAUGUUACAAUUAGAUUAUUGCACAAUAAAUGACCGUUGUGCAUAAUGUAAAAACAAAAACAAAGAAUACAGUAAAGAAUAAAAAAUGAUGACCAGGAAGAUGCUCGGAAAUAGCCAAUGGCAGAGCAGAUAUAAGUUUGUGCGUUCAGAAAACUCAGAGCUGCGAAUAGCCAACCAUACUGUAUUUUUUUUCCUUUCGUAUCUUGAAAUUUCUUUUGUAACAAGAGGCAAUAAUUUCCUGUCGAGGAGUUUCGUAACUUGAAAAUUUCGUUUGAAGAGGUACCAUUGUAUUUGUAAAACAAUAUACAGUUAACUUGCUAAGUCAAUCAUAUUGCUAUGUUCAGGACCAGCAUAUGCUCAUCAAAUGCUAACAUUUGCUAAAAGGUCUGGUUGUAGAAAUAAAGGUGUGGCAGCUUGAACGACAUGCAUUUCUAGCGGCAUAACAUCUACUUCAAAACAUCUACACAAAAUUGUACUAAAAGUGAACUACAACCCGACGACCAUCAGUGGUCCGACUGCCACACUUUGAGAAUCGCUGUGUAGUGCAGAGGACAGCAUGCAGUCAAUUAUACCUGUAGGUUGGAGCAAUGAUAGCAAUAAUGUAACAAUACAGUUUGGGCUACCUUGAAAGAAAAUGGUCUACAAUGCAUCAAGAAAAUCUGUGUAAGGGUGAAAAAUAAAAGUUCCAUAAGUACACAGCGA